ACAGGAAGGAAGGAACAACUACAACGCUGCAGCUCGACAAAAACUUUUAUCUCCAAUUCCUCUUCAAAAGCUUCUACAUCUUUCCUUCUCGGGGCUUUUUGGAAAUCUCUACACGCUGGAGAAAAGGGGGAACUAGAGCUUAGCUGCACCCCCCCCCCUUUCCUCCUCCUCCUCUCCCUCCCCUUCUCCAGCACUCAAUAUCCUCUUUUGGACCCAACCAGCCCCCGUUUUUAUGUUAUCUCUUUGGUUUUAGUGUGGCACACACACGGUGGGGAUGACUGCCUGGGCAGAUGGUGCUCAGUGUGUGGACUAGGAGCUGAGACAAGGACAAGACUCCCCGUCCAACAUGGGAUGCUGCAGUGUGACCCAGAGGCAUACUGGAGUGGACGAGGUGGGCCCCGACGAGAUCGAGCUCCUGGAACUCUCCGGAGACAAUUUAGGGGUGUGGAGUCUGGGAGAAACCAGGCUUCAGCUGACAGUGAGGAGCAGCAGAGAUGAGCAGCAACCACUACCACCUCCGCCACCGCCUCCGCCACCACGAUACCCUUCAAUGCGACACUUGGAACAAGAGGUGGCGCUGUGGGGCCGGAGCAGAGAUGAGCUGUGCCACAGGAUCUACUCCCAGCAGCCAAUCAGAGACUGGGAGGGUCAACCUGCCCACAUGUAUGGAGAGGUGAUCCACUCCUCCCUGGCGUCUCUCUACAACAAAUACACACAGGAAAUCAGCGAACACUUCCUGGUGUUGUUUUCAUUUCACCUGCUGAUCCUCUCUGUGGACCACGCUCGACAGGACUUCAUCUAUCAGGGCAUCCUCCCUCUCUCCGGACUCACCUUCAAGGCCGUCUCCUUGGACCCUGACACGUCACAUUCACCGCACAUGUUUGAGAUCAGCGGUCCAAUGGUGGAUACCAAGGUGUUCAUAUGUGCCAGCGCUGCAGAGCUGCAGAAAUGGAUGCAGCAAGCAGAAGACAGGCGAUACAAGUCGAUUACACAACCCAUGAGCCCCUCUCACUGCGCUCUCUCCUACCUGUUACCGUGUGAUGUGCGCUGGAAAAGAGAAGAGCUGCUUGAAUACUUACGACAAGCUCCAAUAUGGCAGUGGGAGGGUUUGCCCAUUCAACACAUGGGUCAGCCAGGAUACAUAUCCCUCGUCCAUAUAAUCAACUCACAGAGACAGGGACGCCAGGAGAGACUGAUGGUUCUCUUCCCUCAAGACGUCGUGCUGCUGUCCUUGGACAAUAAGCGUCUGAACAUAACAUACGAGGGCAGGUUGCCCCGACAUGGCAUCAGAGCCGUGGAGCGGUCAACCCUGUCCGGACGGCUGGAGUUUGAGCUGAUAGGUGAGCUGGUGGACCCCUUGCAGGUUUCAUGCACCUGCUUGGAGGAUUAUCAGAACUGGAUUUUUCACUUACAACAGCCAGACAGAAGCAGCAACAUCCCUGCGAGUCAGGCUGCUCCUCCAAUCGUGCCAAAGCUGCAGAGGAGCAGGAAGGAGUCCCAGGAGCCGAUGAUUCUUGCCGACCAAUGUCAAAUCAAUGGACGCAGCUGACUCAUCAGAAAGCUUGAAAUUUUCCUGUAAUUACAAAAUAUAAAACUGUAUAGAUAGCAUGUAUAUAUUACUUUUAUGUCUAAUUGUGCCACAAAAUGGAGACAGGGCAGUGAAGAGGUUCUGAAAUGUGAUAUAUCUGGGUGAUUUCAUCUCUCUGAGAGACUGAAGAGAUACUUUUAGUUCUUCUUUAAUGUGGGGACAAACUGAAACAAGGCCAUGACCUAGAUUAAGAGCAGAUCACAGCUGAGGAAAUGUUAGAUGAAGAGAUUGUAGAGCUGUAGAGGAACAAACUGUACAUACAGGCAUACACAUGAUAGUUUACCUUUUCAGAAUAAACUGUCUAAAAGUG